AUGAAAGUCAUCAUCACUGGCGCCACUGGCUUGGUUGGUAGUGCCGUGGUGCGUCAAUGCAUUGCCAAUUCCGCCAUCACAAGCGCCCUGAUUCUGACGCGAAAACCUUUACCAAGGGACAUCUCUGACAAUCCCAAAAUCACGGUUAUUAUUCACGAAGAUUUCGGAAGCUACCCGCCAGAACUCUUGACCCAGCUCAGGGGUGCCGAGGGCUGCAUAUGGACGAUUGGAGGGCCAGCUUACCGUUUCCCUGAUGUGGAAACCUGCAAAAAGGUGCAUGACUUUGCGCUUGUUGCCGCGAAUGCCUUUGCCAACACCUUAGCCCCGGCGCUGAAUGGAAAGAAGUUCAAGUUUGUCUUUUGUAGUGGGCUGGGGGCGGAAUGGGAUCAGACGAAGCCGUUGUGGUUCCUGAAGGAUACCAGACGGAUCAAGGUCAGACAUUCGUUUGCCACAUUCGUUCCAGGGAUUAGGCUGAUAACUGUGCAGGGUUAUGUUGAGAAGCAGCUGGCUGCCAUUGCGGACAAUGAAAGGGGCGUAUUCGCGGUCUCAUGCGUUCGACCAAGCGCUAUCUUAUCCUCCAGAGCAAAUAUAUUGGUGAAGCUGUGCGCACCAAUAGUCGUCGGCAUUGAAGACGACCAUCUCGCAAGGGUUAUGGUCAAGGUCCUUCUUGACGAAAAUUCUGAGCGAAUCAUCAAAAACGACGAGUUGCUGAGGAUGUGA